GGAGUCUCCUGGCCAAUCAGUGUUGCGUUCCCCCACCUCUCUCUUCAUUCUGCCCCGCCUUUCUCUCCUCCCCCCUUCCCCCCGCAUAGACCAGCUGACUGCCGAGCGGACAGACCGCGGACAGGUGUCAACUUUGACAGACGGAGACCAAUUUCACACAACCAGCGGGGACUCACUCUUCUGUUCACUAUGAAUGAACAAAUCCAAGAGGAGUUCUUCGAGGAUGAUCCGGCGGAGACCGUUCUGCGGCCCGCUUCGCGUGCCCAGCAGCAGCAGUCGACAUUGACUUCUUUCUUCCAACAAACUCAUCCCAGUGAACGACCUGCAGAUAAGCCUGAAGAAGCUCAAGUCACUGCUGCUCCUGAAACAACAAGGCAACAUCAGGAGGGCAACAUCUGGAACUUCCAGGUCGUACGGAGAAUACUGUACGGCCCUACGGAGAAUAUUGAUAAGAGGGCUACGGAGAAUCCUGCCAAAAUAAUUAACAGAAUUCCGUACCUUUUUGCCACAGUGUGGCUUCACCGCCGCGAACGAGUCAUCGCGACUUCAAAGCCUCAAGCCUCAGCGUGCCUCGGCCUUUUGACCCUGCUCCCACCGUGCUGCCCGCCCUGCCCCUGGAGACGCCGCAAACUCGACCUCUUCCCGCCGGCCCAAGCAAGACGGGCCGCCAAUCUUGUUUACACGGAUGGCCAUGACGUCACAGCAGUCCGGCCGGCCGGCCCCGCUUCUGGCUCACAAGAUACUAAAUUUGAACUUGUGGGCAAGUUGGGUCGUCGACACACAGCCAUAUGCGCAAAUCUCCUAGCCACCUGGGCUAUAAAUUUAGACAUGUGCUGGGCUGGUACAGUGGCCUUCUGCAACCCACUGGGUGCAAGUGGAGUCUCUGUACAUUGGGUGGCAAAAUUUCGCAUGCCCAUGGGGUUUAAAAAUUUGCAACAUGUUUUACAGUGA